AUGCAGACCGCCAAAGAUAGAGACAAUACGAGACAAUCCGGGAAGACUGAACGGUCAAACAACGCGGUUGUAGGGCCAGAGAAAUCAACACCUCCAUCGUUUCACCGCACAACCCCUCCUACAGAAACACAAGCAGACAGAAGUUUCAAGCGUGGCAUCAUCCAUAGUCAACAAGUAUCGCCAGCAGGAGAGAUACGCCAUAAGUGCGAGCCGGGACAAGCGGGGCAUCAACUGCUGGCACCGAUUUUGCUAUUGUAUGCUUCUACCAAACAAACCCUUGUGCCAUCCCCGUCUAGCUGCAAACACCCUCGCAAACAAUGGGGCGAGGACAUUAGGAAUGAGGAGAUGCAUAGUUCCUCAUCGAUUGGGGUAUACAAAUCUGGGUCUCUCAACCCAGUACAAGUUAUGAAGAGGCCGAAUGGUAUUGCGGAAGGGAAGUGCCUCCGGCCGAGCGGUGGUGAGGACGAGCGGGUCCCAAAGCGUCAAUGCUGGUGUAAGGCUACCAUUUUUAACCGUGGAUGGAGUGUGCACCCUGCUUGA